GGAAAUUGGAGAAAAUUCCUCAAAAUUUUGAAUUUUAUUGAAAAAAUCUGAAUGAAAAAUGGCGUAAAUGCUGGAAUUUCUUCGGCGGAGACGAGCUGUCGGUGACGGAGGUAAAGGAUGUCUCGCCGGCGCCUGGAGGAAGCGCUCCUAAAGUCCAGGGAGCUGGAGAGCUGCGGGGAGAGCUGCGGGGAGAGCGCGGAUGAGACAUCGGGGGGCGACGGCGGAGAGGGGUACUCCGAGCUCUUCGUCAGGAGGCGCGUCCGGCUCAGGGAGGAUCCCCACGGUAUCUACAGCCUGCGCUUCUCGCCCGACGGGAGGCGGAUCGCCGCCGGGUUUGGCAACGGAGCCGUCGAGGUGCUGAGCGCGGGGGAUGGGAGCCCGGACGGGACAUUAUUCUCCGCUCAGCGCGGCAGGCAGGCGGUCACCGCCCUGAGAUUCCACCCCAAGAGCCCCGAUCUGCUGGUCGCCGCCGGAGCCGACGGACUGCUUUCUAUUUACGAUAUCAAGUCCAAGAUCAACGUCAUCACGCUGACAGAGAUACAGAAUGAAAUCAAUGCUUUGGAUUUUUGUGCUGACGGCAGCGUUUUCGCUACGGCCGGGAGAGACAGAAACAUCCGACUGUAUGACGGCCACACUAAUGAGAUUGUGAGCGUGCUGAAGGCCCCCGCGCUCCUGUACGGUGACGACGCCGCGCUUCCCAGCGGCCACUCCCGGCGGAUCUUCGCUUUGAGGUUUCACCCCUCGGAACCCCACGUCUUCGUGACCGGCGGCUGGGAUAACUCCGUCAAAGUUUGGGACAAUCGAGUGGCGAAGGAGGCCCGGAGAGACAUUCGCGGCCCCCAUAUAUGCGGCUCGGGGAUUGACAUCCAGGGUAACAAGCUGCUAACUGCCUCGUGGGUGGCACGCGAUGCCCUCCAGCUGUGGGAUUUGCGGGCGGCCCAGCUGGUACAGAACGUGCCGUUCCCGGCAGCCGCUUUGCAGGGCCAGUUCCUCUACGCCGCCGCGUUCUGCAGCGAGAAUGUGGUUUUAGCUGGCGGCAGCGGGACCUGCGCGGCCUCCGCCAUCGACCUGAGAACGGAGCAGGUCCUGGGAGACAUCUCGCUGUCCAGCAGAGCGGUUCAGGCUGUGGAUGCUGCCCCCGGUGGCCGGGAGGUUGCAGCGGCAGGCGUUGCAGGGAAUCUUCACAUCGCAGAGUUAUGUUGACGCUGGGCCGCGGGGUUAAAUGUUCUGAGAUAACUUCUCCGGGAUCCUCAGCGGCACCAAUAAAAGUCAGAUUUGGGAGCCUU